CAAAGCAGAAGUUUUAGAACGAAUGGUCUUUCGGUUCCGCUGUAUAAGCCAAGCCACCGUCACCACCGCCUACAGUGACUUCUUUCUCAAAGAAAAAGAAAAGUUGGUUUUCCGAGCUUUCUACGCAGCAACAGAUUAGUACUCUUAUCGCUAAAAAUGGCUUGAAAAGAAAUAGUGGUCGUCCUGCCAAAAAAAGAGAUAAAACAGCUAAAACUACAUCAUCAAUGAAUGUGGAAGAAGAUGGAUUUUCGAAACUACCUGAUGCAGUAAUCCUACACAUUCUGUCUUUUCUUCCCACUGUGGAUGUUGUUCGGACAUGCCUCCUUUCAAAGCGCUGGAAACUCAUGUGGCACUCAGUCCCCACACUUUAUUUCUCCGACACUGGAUUUCGAUGGCCAUCGAACAAAGAAAAGUUCUACAAUUAUGUUGACAAUUAUUUGAAACACCGCAAGAGAGGUAUGAAUUUUACAGUCGAUUCAGCCCUUACUAGUUUUAAGCUUCAGAUGCGGUCUUACUAUGAAACAAACAAACCCACUCGCAUAGAUAAAUGGUUAGAUUUUGCAGUUAAGAAUAAAGUCAAGAAAUUAAAUGUUUGGUUGAAUGAUGACUGUGAUGGUGAUAAUUUUUACUUUUACCCCUUACCUAAAUCAGUAUUCAAUUCAAGACAUUUGACUAUUUUGGAGUUGGGAAACUUAGAUUUAAGCACUGGUUCUUAUUCAAUUCGACUUCCAGCAUUGAAAACUCUGUUAGUUAACACAGUUUUAUUUACAAAUGAUGAUGUGCUAUUCAAGCUUUCGUUGGGUUGCCCUUCCCUCGAGAAAUUGUUGUUACAUUCGUGUGAUAUAAUGAAUGGGCCAUUUCGUUUACAAAGUUUAAGCCUCAAGGUCUUGGAAGUUGAAUAUGAUGAUGUUUACCUAGUUUUUCGGAAACGAACACAAACAAAAUAAUAGAAAGAUAAGAACUGUAGAAGUGUAGAAAUAUAAAUAGACAAACAGGUUUUUUACGUGGUUCAGGCGUUAAUGAGCCCUAGUCCACGAGUCGAUGUUAUUAUACUUGUAGAGAGUUACAGUAAAAUGGCUGGUGUACAAGAACCUCACAAACUCACAAUGUUUCUCUCGGGUUCUCUUGAGGAAGAUGAAGCUAAAGAGAUUUUUUCACAGAGUUCUUGUUCUAUCCCCCCUAUCGUAAAAUGAGGAGGUUUUUAUAGCUAGGGUUUUUUAUUAGGGUUUUACUCUACCCUUGUGAGUCUUAAUUACACUAGCCGUAAAUAGGGGAUACAAUUACUCUAGCAGCAUGGCUACCAGACUCUACGUAGGUAUAAUUACAUGAAAAUAUGGGGAAUGUCAAAAGGUAGCUGUAUUUUCCAGGCUGUCAGCGGAACAGUGGGCGAAAAGGCACUUUUAGGCGCGCUGGGAUGUGUGCGGCCUCGACCUGUCAGGCGGGAUCCUGUGUCAGAUGGGUAUCAUUCCAACUAUACCUCCUCCGUGACUCGACCGCCUGAUCUUUUUCC